CGCCGUACUCCGCCCCCCUUUCUGGAAGAGCAAAAAAAAGUUCAGAAAGUGUCGCAGUGAAUUCUACACCUGAUACUCAGCAAAAGAUCAUUGUAGGGGAAGAAGUCCAAGAGGAGUCUGGAACAGAACAGAUGGUUGUUGCGACUGGAGAGAACGGCAGCGGGCCAAAGCUGAUGGAAUUCCUUGAGUCCCCCCCAACGUGCUGAGGCAGACAGAGGUGUCUGGAGCUGGCGGAGCCAUGGCCUCCCAGUGGACCCGUGCGAACAGCGCCGAGAGGAAGGUGCCUCACACACGCAUGGAGGACGAGCUCGACAUUCAGCAAAUCUACUCCUUCGGGAGGAAACUAGGUCAAGGAAGCUUCGGGGUCGUCUGUGAAGCCACCCACAAAGAGACACAGAAGAAGUGGGCCAUCAAGAAGGUGAACAAAGAAAAGGCAGGGAGCUCGGGAGUGAAGUUGCUGGAGAGGGAGGUGAGCAUUCUAAAGAACGUCAAUCACGAGCACAUCAUUCACCUGAAGGAGGUGUUCGAAACACCAAAGAGGAUGUACCUGGUGACUGAGCUGUGUGAAGGUGGUGAGCUGAAGGAGUUACUUCAGAAGAGGACGCGCUUCAAAGAGGAGGACGCACGCCACAUCAUCAACAGCAUUGCACAGGCCAUAGUCUACCUACACAAGAAGGAUAUCGUGCAUCGGGACCUAAAGCUGGAAAACAUCCUCGUUAAGAGCAGUCACCGCGGUGAUGAUAACAACACGGUCAACAUCAAGGUGACAGACUUUGGGCUGUCUGUGCAGAAAGGAGGAGUGGGCAGUGAGAACAUGCUGCAAGCCACCUGCGGCACUCCAUAUUACAUGGCCCCUGAGGUCAUCAACGGCCACGAGUACAGCCAGCAGUGCGACGUGUGGAGCAUCGGGGUCAUCAUGUACCUGCUGCUGAGUGGAGAUCCUCCGUUCAUGGAGCUGGAGCUGAUCAAGAGAGGCAAGCUGACCUUCACCAACCCCGUCUGGGACACCAUCAGCGACGCAGCUAAGAAGGUGCUGUGUUGCCUGCUGGAGGUGGACCCUGCCCAUCGCAUCACAGCCAGUGAGCUGCUCGACAACCCCUGGCUCACAGGUGACACUAGCGCGGCAAUGCGACCCACCAACGUGCUGGAGAUGAUGCGGCAGUUCCGGAACGAUCCGGAAGAGCUGGAGCUGGACGAGCUGGAGGCGGCCGGGUCGGGCAUGGAGGAGCUGUCGCUGUGCGGAUCCGUAGACGGAACCUCCGACACGCAGACGCAGGCACGGACGCAGGCACAGGCAAAGUCUCGGACUGAGACGCAAACACAGACUGAGUCACUGAAGCAGAAGCAGACGCAGACUAAAGCCUCCCAAGAGCAGUCUGGUGCCAGCAGCAACUGUGUGCCGCUCACACAGGAGUCAGAAGCAGAAGGCACUGUGCCUCUCACCCCGUCCCCCUCCAAACAGAGACACAAGAAGAAGAACAUGCACUCUUCCUCCAAUGGGUUGAAAAAGAACGGGCCAGCUGCUAAGGUCUCCACUAACACACAGGUGGUAGCGGCAAACCCUCCGCAGGUCAUCCGGGCCCCAAAAACGGCAGCAGCGCCGCUGGCAGUGGCGUCCCCUCAGACCGCAGCGACGCGGCCCCAAAGUCUACGUGUGUUGCAGGCAAGUGCGAGACGCAUUCGGGCAGCAGCGGUGGCAGCAGCGGUGGCAGAGCCAUGUCUGUGUGCGGAGGCGUGUCUGGGUGUCCGUCACGGUCACCUAGGCCAUCUUUGCCCGGCGGUAACAGCACCAAGCCCAAGAAGGUGCCCUAGGGCUGGGGCAGCGAGAGAGUGCUUGCAGGCCAAGGCCCACCAGGCCAAGACCCCGCGGGUCAGGAGAGUGCCAAAGCAGCCUGGCACCAUUGCCCACAGUUCUUCCUGGGGCGAGCCUGCUAGCCUACUGGACACGUGAAGCACCCACACCCCCUUCCGUCCUGCCCUCCUCCUUCCCCUACCGCCGUAUCACCUGUAGAAUACACAGGUCUUUCUUAGCACUAGCCACUGGAUCCAGGAACAUGCAUCACAAGCUGAUCGGCCAAUCACAGGGCUGCUUUACAUUUCACCCGUGUUCUAUUGCAUUAUGAUGUCAUAGGCAAGGACACUGCUGCACACUGGACGAUUCUACACUUGACUGUGAUGUUUGAUCCAUGGUGGAUGCCCUACCUAUGAGGUAGGGCAGUGGUUUGGAGCAGAUAACCUCCAAUGGCCGACAGCUGUGAAGAGCCAGCAGGACAUGACUGCCCUUUCAUGUGACACUCCCUAACCAACACUCAGCUGCUGAUUACCAGUCUAACGUUAAUAAACACACACAAUGACAUCUGUUGUGAAAACUGUGAAA